UUGUAAAGAUGUUGAGAUGCUAUUGAAGCAGAAUCCAACAGAUUUGUUUAGCCAAGUUAAAUUUGUUGGAACUCAGAGAAUGAAAGUUGAAGCUGCUAACCAAACACGUCCUUGCAAAUGUAAUAUUAUGGUUCUGCUUGCAUAUUAAUCCAAUAUGCAGAAUAAAGUUAUUAGAAGUGACGGUUGAAUAUAUAAGUAAAACAGAGAAAAAGAAAGUGCAAUUUAGAAGCAUAUAGUUAUCGUUUUACUGUCACUGUGUGAGAGAGAGAAAGCAUGGGAAGAGGAAGGGUUGUUCUGGAGAGAAUAGAGAACAAGAUCAACCGUCAAGUAACGUUCUCAAAACGCAGAAGUGGGUUGCUGAAGAAGGCCUUUGAACUUUCUGUGCUCUGUGAUGCAGAAGUUGCCCUUAUCAUCUUUUCUAGCCGUGGCAAGCUUUUUCAGUACAGCAGCACUGAUCUUAACAAAAUCGUUGAGAGGUAUCGCCAAUGUCGUUACAGCAAGUUACAGACCGGUGACUCGGAACUCGAAUCACAGAGUUCAUAUCAUGAAUUCUUGAAAUUAAGAGCGAAAUACGAAUCUCUUGAGCGGACACAAAGGCAUUUUCAAGGAGAAGAACUUGAGCCUCUUAGCUUUAAAGAAUUGCAGAGCCUUGAGAAACAACUAGACAUUACACUUGCAUUAACUCGACAGCAGCAAACAAAGAAACUCAUGGCACGGGCUGAUGAAUUACGCGAAAAGGUGCGCAAAUUGGAAGAUCUUAACAAACAAUUGGAAUCCAAGGAAAAAGAUGAAUUCUCAAGCCUCAUGCUUGACAAUAACAAUUUUUUUCAAUUGCAUGCUACACAAGCCGAUCAAUUUGAAUCUGGAACAACAAUAAACACAUGUAGGUUUCAACACCAAGAAGUUGGUUCAAAAGAAAGAGCAAUUGAAAUGAGGACAGAGGGUAACCAAAGCACUCACACCAAAAGCAAUGGAUGGUUGUAGUGAAUGUUAAUUUAUUUUACAUCUUCCAAAAACACUUACUUAGGCUACCCAUGCAUUGCUAUUCACACCAUAGUUUUCAUAAACUAAAUGUUAUUUCUACUUAACACUCUCUCAUUAAGAGAUUAUGCAUUCUAUAAGAGAAAAAUUGUGUAUGUCA